AUGGCUGACCUCCCUCCCAUGCUUGCAGCACUUGCUGCCGCCGUUCCUCAAGAAAGCUUCAUGGCCUUACAGCCGAUCCUCGAAGAGCUCCACCACAGGAUCUCUCAGGUAUCUGCCGAGGCCGCUACGACACAGGCAAGCAUUCUGAAUGCUACGCAAAUGCAGAAUAUGUUGCAGAAUGCCUUGUCCACAGCACAUUUCACUGUUCAAGCUCCUCCUCCUCCGCAGACUUCUGCACCAAGCAUCCGUCCUGCGAGUAUUAAGGCCGAUCUACCAAUCUUCUGA